AUGUCGGAAAAGGAUAAGAUGGCCAAGUACCGGACCGAGAUCCAACAGAUGAUGUUUGUCUCCGGGGAGACCGGCGAGCCCUCACCCGAAACAACCACUCUGAUCGAGUCGAUUGUGCAAGACCAAGUGCAGCACAUGCUGCGAGAAUGCACGGUGCUCGCAACGCGGCGCGGCUCAAAAUCGAUAGCUACGGACGACCUGUUCAUGCUGAUCCGGCACGACCGGGCCAAAAUCUCGCGGCUACGCCACUUUCUGCAAUGGAAAGACGUGCGGCGCUCGGUCAAAGACUCGGACGACAAAGGCGGCGAUGCAGGUGCCGACGUGGGAGCCGGCGAUGCCGACAUUGCCGCUGGCGUCGUAGGCGCAGGCGGACCUGGGGCCGCGCCCGUCGACGCGUCCAAGAAGGCCAAGCGGGCCAAAGUCGAUCUGGUCUGGGACGUGCAAUCCUUCUUCACGGAGAUCCCGCCACAAAAAGACGACGUGGAAGACGAGGAGGAAGAGGAAAUGAACUACGCGACGCUGCAGCGCCUGAAAAACGCAGACGAACGCACAAAGAACAUGACGCGCGAGGAAUACGUGCACUGGUCCGACUGCCGCCAGGCCUCCUUCACCUACCGCAAAGGCAAGCGCUUCAAGGAGUGGGCGGGUUUCGGCCUUAUUACCGAUUCAAAGCCCUCGGACGACAUCAUUGACAUCCUGGGCUUCCUGACCUUUGAGAUUGUCCAGACGCUCACAGAGGAGGCGCUCAAGGUCAAGGAUGCAGAGGACUUGUACAAGAAGAACCAUGGCGGAGAGCAGAAUCGCCUCAAGCGCAAGAGGGAGAGGGGCUUGUUCGAUCCCCCAGAGGAGGCUAGGGAGCCUGUUCAACCAGUCCAUGUGCAGGAGGCUUACCGCCGGCUCCAGAGGGGCAACAACAAGGCCAAGGCCAUGCUCAACUUCACCAGGAACGUGCAUAGAAGCGCGCUGAAAUUGGUGAGUACUGCCCAGCGUGCGUGUGUGCGAGAGUCUGUGCUGACUAUAUGCAGAUUUAGGGACAAGGCGAGGCGCUGGAGUUGGCACUGGAUAUGGCGUUUACAUUAG